ACCAGUCAGAGAUUUAUAACAUGAUCACUCAAAUCGUUCUUAUCUGUUUCAUUAUUUCUCUUACGUACUGGUGGCACAACCGUCUAAUUCACCAGCAAUUGGGAUGCCUUCCAGGACCAUUCAGCUUGCCGUUACUAGGAUCAAGCUACAUCUUUUUGGGCAAAUCUUAUUCCGAAAUAUUGGACGCUUUUCAUCGGAUUUCUUCUACCUAUGGACGCAACGGAAACCCUGUACGGUUCUUCCUCGGCACGAAGCCUUUCAUAAUCAUAAAUCACCCCGAUCAUGCUCAAACGAUUCUAAAUUCUACGAGCUGCCUGGACAAACCAUGGAUCUAUCAGUACACGCCACUCGAGGGAAUAUUUUCACUACCAACACAGAAAUGGCGAAUCCACAGGAAAGCAAUCCAGCCAAGCUUCAAUUGGUCGAUUUUGAAGAGCUUCCUACCAAUUUUUAAAAGUAAAGUAGAUUUACUGAUACGUAAGCUAAAGCAGCGAACCUCGGGUCAUGAACCCUUCGAUGUCUAUGGAUUCGUAGCAGCUUGCACAUUGGAUAUGGUGUAUGCUACCACCCUCGGCAUAGAAAUGAACAUCCAGCAACAAUCAUCUUGUGAGUAUCUGGAGAUACUCGAAGAAUUAUUCGAAUUGGUGACAAAUCGUGUAACGAACGUUCUGCUCCACUACGAUUGGAUCUAUCGAUGGACAAGCUACUAUCGACGAGAAUGCAAAGCCAGGAAGAUUUUCCAAUCUCCAGCCCAGCAAGUGCUCCGGCAAAAACCGAUCCUCGUAUCCAACGCAACGGAAUCCGACGACCUUACCCAACCGCAAAUCUUCAUCGAUCAACUUUACCGUAUCGCCGUCAAAGAUCCUCAUUUCACCAAAGAAACUAUCGAGAAAGAACUGAACACAAUGAUUUUCGGUGGAAACGAAACUACCGCCGUUACAAUGUCCAACGCUUUACUGCUGAUUGCAAUGCAUCCCGAUGUUCAACUCAAGUUACUGGAAGAGUUCAAUGUGGUUUUUGAAGGCAACUUGGAAAACAUGACCGUCGCAAAUCUACAACGGUUAGUCUACAUGGAAGCCGUUUUGAAGGAAGUUAUGCGGCUGUGGCCCAUCACAACAAUCCUCGGACGAACGACCAGCACCGAGGUGCGUCUGGACGAAUUCCUAAUACCGGCUGAGGUUAAUUUGGUAAUAGACGUCUACAGUAUUCAUCGGAACGCCAGAUAUUGGGGUGCUGACGCGAAUCGUUUCGUUCCGGAGAGAUUUUUCGAUCGUGAGCAGUAUCCGUAUGCGUUCUUGGGGUUCAGUGCCGGACCCAGGAAUUGCAUCGGGACGCGAUAUGCAUGGCUGUCGAUGAAGGUGAUGUUGACAGCUAUUUUGUAUAAUUUUGAAUUGCGAACGCCUUUGCGGAUGGAAGACAUUCGUUUAAAAGUGGCUAUGACUUUGAAGGUCGAGAACAAACAUAUGAUUACGCUAAGUGAUAGGCGAAAGUAAUGUACCUAUUUUUUAUUUCGUGAUCACCAUAUUUGAAACAUUUAGGGGAAUUCGGGGUAAAACCGACACCCUAAGCUUAUUGAUAAAAUUUGUGUACUUUCGCUUGUUAAACGAACCUAAAAUUGUUGUAGAAUCAUAUAUUGGUUAUAAAUCCAUCAAUCCUUGUGAUCGCCUGAUGAUAUAUUCAGGUUAUAUAGAGCAAUUCUCGCUGAAACCAGGCCGCCAUCAGCACCCAUCGUUAGAAUUCCAAUUUUAUGUCACUGAUCGCUAGU